AUGAAUUGCCGGGUUAUCUUCAUGCCAAGAAGACGACAUGACAAUAUAAAUGGUGGUGGAGACCGGCGCCAUUUUUGGGACUUCGUGCCGCCACUUUCUUCCAGAGAAGAAACCAAGUGGAACUGCGUGGACGUCGUACGACCACCCAGUCGACGGCCACGAUCCGUUCUCACAGUUCCAAUCCAUCCCCACGGUCUCUUCAAAAUCCCACCGUCGGUUCCAAAGCGCGGGAAAAAGACCCAUAGCCUCUGUGUAUCACUGCAAACUAACGGUCACGGUUUCAGGUCUUCUUUCAUGGCGCCGAGGAAGCGAAGCAAGAAUCAAGAAGACGAGCCGGCGGCGGCGGAGGAGAAGCCGGCCCCGGUGUCGUCGAUGGUGACUCGGAGAUCGCCCCGGCUGGCGGUGAACUCCAAGGCUGAUUUGGUGGUGGAAGAGGCUGUGACGGAGUUGCCGAAGAGUAAGAAGGUGAAACGUGCUCCAAAGGAGAAUGGAAAGGCGAAGGAGGUUGGAAAUGAGGGGGAGGAAAUUGAUGCUUGUGAAU